AUGUCGAUCAAGGGCCCGACUCCCCAGGAGCACGAGGGCAGCGCGCUGCGCAUCGGCAUCGUCCACGCCCGCUGGAACGCCUCGAUCAUUGAGCCCCUCGUGAAGGGCGCCAAGGACAAGCUCCUCGGCUGCGGCGUCAAGGAGUCCAAUAUUGUCAUCCAGUCUGUGCCCGGGUCCUGGGAGCUCCCCAUCGCCGUGCAAAGACUCUUCGCCGCCUCCCAAGUCCAGUCCUCGACCUCGGGCGCCGGCUCGGCCGGCGACCUUCUCGCCUCCUCGACCACGGACCUGACGUCCCUCUCGGCCUCGACCGACGGCGCCUCGGGCGGGCCCUUUGACGCCAUCAUCGCCAUUGGCGUGCUCAUCAAGGGCGAGACGAUGCACUUUGAGUACAUUGCCGACGCCGCCGUCCACGGCCUCAUGCGCGUACAGCUCGACACGGGCGUCCCCGUCAUCCUCGGCAUCCUCACCGUUCUCAACGACGAGCAGGCUAAGGCCCGCGCCGGCCUGACGCCGGGCGGCCACAACCACGGCGACGACUGGGGCCUCGCGGCCGUCGAGCUGGGCGUCAAGCGCAAGGCGUGGGCCUCGGGCAAGAUUGAGUAG